AUGCAGUUCAAGCUUACAUCACUCCUCAUUCUCCUGCCCCUUUCCCUUGCACUACCCGAGCCGAUUGCGGAGCCAGUUCCAGAGGCUGGUUUCAAAGAAGGAAGCGCCGUUACACCCCGUGAUGGGCCCGAUACACUCAUAGCCCGCGCUUGCUCCUACAACACUGGCUGUACAUCCCAAAGCGGAGCCAGUGCUGGAAAAUAUUGCGGUUUUUGUACCCAAGUACGCGGAACGUAUCAUGUCGGUGACAUCUAUCAAGUCAAUGGUGGCUCUGGGUCCUCGAGCUGCUGCAGUUAUGGAGCAAGCUCGGCAUGUGCUGCACGUUGGCCAGCUGUCAGCCCAAAUGUUCUUGUCAAAUGCGCCAACAAUGGUAGAGGAUACUAG